AGCAGUCUUCUGACCAAACGCAAUCAUGGGUAUCUCACGAGACUCUCGCCACAAGCGUUCCGCUUCCGGUGCGAAGAGGGCAUACUACCGCAAGAAGAGGGCUUUCGAGAAGGGCCGCCAGCCCGCCAACACCCGUAUCGGUGCCAACCGUGUCCACCUCGUCCGCACCCGCGGCGGCAACCGCAAGUUCCGCGCGCUUCGUCUCGAUGCCGGCAACUUCUCAUGGGGCUCUGAGGGCAUCGCCAAGAAGACCCGUGUCAUCGGUGUCGUCUACCACCCCUCCAACAACGAGCUUGUCCGCACAAACACCCUGACCCGGUCCGCCGUCGUCCAGAUCGAUGCUGCUCCUUUCCGACAAUGGUACGAGGCCCACUACGGUCAGUCUCUUGGCCGCAAGAGGCAGGCCAAGUCUGGCGAGAAGGAGGAGGACAAGAAGAAGUCAAACGCCGUUGUCGCCAAGCAGGCCGAGCGCCUCAAGACAUCCGGCAAGAUCGAGAACACUGUCGAGAAGCAGUUCGAGGCCGGUCGUCUGUACGCCGUCGUCUCUUCCCGUCCCGGCCAGAGCGGUCGCUGCGAUGGUUACGUUCUUGAGGGCGAGGAGCUUGCCUUCUACCAGCGUCUUCUCAAGAAAUAGGCGUGAUAUUUGGGGCUUCUUCGGUGCAUCGGUUAGGUCAAAACUGGGUGUUAGUCAUGUAUCUGGUCUGCAUAGUGGCUGGGUAAUGAAAGCACUGGGCGUGAUAUCGCCAUUUCUCUAGAUACCACGAGGCUAUGAAUCACGGGUUUCUCAAAUGUUAACCCUUUUCCCGUGUAACCUGUGAUGUUGUUCUCAUGUUAUUUGAGUAGAUUGAUACCUACACCCAUAAUGAUGUCGAUUGUCUGGCACGUUAUCAAGUGAAGGUUUACCAUCGUUCUUUACUGUCAAUCCUAUCGGUUGGUCGUCACCUCACAUGCUCCAUUGUUCG